UGUAACGAAAGGACGUUGGAAAGUGACGAGGCCAGUUUAACCGAAGUCAUUCUACUAUAGCCUACUCAGAUGUGGACAUGUUUUAGUGAAAAAAAUGUUACACCGUGGAUAUACAGGAUUAUUGAAUUGAACUUGAAUUGAAUAAUUGGUUGAAGAAUAUCAAUAUUUUUCCAUUUCAUUUUUAAGUUAUAGAAAACUUUUUGUAUCAAACUUUUUUAAUAGUGGGACUAUUGUUUUAAACAUCCCAAGGCACACAGGAACUGGCCUAGAGAAAGUGACUACCGAAUGCGUGCCCUUUUCAGUGUCUGGGAGUCAUUUCUGCUUGGCGUAAAUUACGGACAACCGCGUCAUUUCACUUGCGAAUCAUAUUAGCCUAUUGAGGUCGUUUUUUCAUCCUGGGGGACCACUCACAGAGACACAGCAUCUGUGGGACCAUGCUACAAAAUGGUAUUGGUAAGGAGAAACCUUCGGAACUGCCGAAGGCUGAGCCAGAACCAGACUUCCCAUCAGAACCUCCAACCCAGCCAGCCCCCACUGACAGCGCAGUGCGUACGGCACAGGACACGGAUUCCACGCACUUCCCCUUGCCCGUGUUCCCCAAAUUGGAGAUAAAGCGUAACGCGGUGACAGACGAUUAUAAGAUAUCUAGUCAGGUCCUUGGGUUUGGGAUCAAUGGGAAGGUUCUGGAAUGCACAAAUAAGAAGACGGGGGAGAAGUGCGCACUGAAGGUCCUCUAUGACAGUCCCAAGGCGAGGCAGGAGGUUGAGCUUCACUGGCGGGUGUCGGGGGGGCCUUACAUCGUUGGUAUUCUCAGUCUGUACGAGAACAUGCAUCAUGGGAAGAAGUGCCUGCUCAUCAUCAUGGAAUGUAUGCAAGGGGGAGAACUGUUCAGCCGGAUCCAGGCCAGAGGAGACCAAGCUUUCACUGAGAGAGAGGGCUCAGAGAUCAUGCGGGAUAUUGGCACAGCCAUCGAGUUUCUCCACAACAUGAACAUCGCACACAGAGACAUCAAGCCUGAGAACCUGCUGUACACUCAUCAGAAGAGCAACGGUACUCUCAAACUGACAGACUUUGGCUUCGCUAAGGAGACCACUCUACACAACCUCCUGCAGACCCCCUGCUACACCCCUUACUAUGUGGCUCCUGAGGUUUUGGGCCCGGAGAAAUAUGACAAGUCAUGUGACAUGUGGUCUCUGGGCGUCAUCAUGUAUAUCCUGCUGUGUGGUUUCCCACCGUUCUACUCUAACACGGGCCAGGCCAUCUCUCCAGGGAUGAAACGGAGGAUCAGGAUGGGCCAGUACGAGUUCCCCAAACCUGAGUGGGCUGAGGUGUCAGAGGAAGCCAAACAGUUGAUCCAUCAGCUGCUGAAGACAGACCCCAACGACAGAAUGACCAUCACACAGUUUAUGAACCACCCCUGGAUCAAUCGGUCCAUGGUUGUUCCCUCCACACCGCUCCACACCACACGGGUCCUGACUGAGGACAGAGAGAUGUGGGACGACGUGAAGGAGGAGAUGACCAGUGCUCUGGCCACCAUGCGUGUGGACUACGACCAGGUGAAGAUCAAAGACCUGGACACCUCCAGCAACCCACUGCUCAACAAGAGACGCAAGAAGGCCGCUGCCGGGGGAAAAUUGGGAGGCAGCGUCUGCAACAGCCAGUGAAAGACUGGAGGUGGGAGGGAAGCCACAGCCAGAACAGGAAGGGAAGUCCAGAGGACACACCUGGAACAGCUGGGAGGAAAAAAGGCUGUGGGAGGUCUGGGCAGAAGAGAUUUAUCAGGGGGAGUGUGUUCAUACUUAAAUCAGCAGAGGGAGAAGAGGGGAGGCAUAAAGGAGGGAGGGGGUACUGUUAGGAAACAGCAGGGAAAUGUGAUUUGGAGAUUCUCAGCAAGCAGUCGAAUUGAAGGACACAUGAAGUGAUGACAAUGUAUGAAACCCUUAUCAGCCAAGAUCAGCAGGCCUUCAUACUGUAGGCCUUCCAUCAGUUUUUAAUUUGAUUGUGUGUUAGUGUGUGUGUGUUAUUUUGAAAGGUCAUUCAGAAUCUGCUCUUUAUAAGUUCAUGUAUGUUUGUUGUGUGUGUGCCUGUGUGUUUACGUGUGUUGUAACCAAUGUUCCCUCUAAAAAAUUUCAGCACUGAGCAAAUUUCAGGUCUGCU